AUGAGACCAAUUCUAUUACAAGGCCAUGAACGUGCCUUGACACAAGUCAAGUACAAUAAAGACGGAGAUCUUCUGUUCUCGGUAUCAAAGGACCAUGUCAUCUGUGUCUGGUACUCACAGAAUGGCGAAAGACUAGGAACAUACAACGGCCACCAGGGUGCCGUCUGGACCAUCGACCCCAACCCAUCGUCGACAAUCCUCGCCAGCGGUGGCGCCGACAACACCAUCCGUCUGUGGGAUAUGAAAACCGGCAAGCUAUUUAAGACCUGGGAGUUCCCGACUGCCGUUAAACGCGUCGAAUUCACCGAAGAUGGCCUGUUCGUCCUCGGAACUACCGAAGAACGUAUGGGACAUUUGGGAACAAUUGUUGUUUACCCCGUAAACCCGGAUAUCGAGGGUGAACAAGUCAAUGAACCAUCCCUCCGUAUCGUCUGCGAGACCAAGAAGAAGGCUGUCGUCGCUGCUUGGAGUUAUCUUGGGAAAUAUAUCAUCGCCGGUCAUGAAGACGGUAGUGUUUCGCAGUAUGAUGGAAAGACUGGAGAACAGCUUUUGAACGUCCCUGUUCACGAACGUGGCAUGCUUAUCAUGGAUAUGCAAAUGUCCGCCGAUAAGACCUAUUUCAUCACCGCUUCCAAGGAUAAAUCUGCAAAGAUCAUCGACGUUAAGACUCUUAACAUCCUAAAGAAGUUUGAGACCGACACACCCCUCAAUACCGCUGCCCUUACCGCGAAGAAGGAAUUCGUUAUUUUGGGUGGUGGACAGGAAGCUAUGAAUGUCACAACUACUUCGGCUAGACAAGGAAAGUUCGAGGCAAGGUUUUAUCAUAAGAUCUUUGAAGAUGAGAUUGGAAGAGUUAGGGGGCAUUUCGGACCGCUCAAUACCAUCGCCGUUCAUCCAGCCGGUGUAUCUUAUGCUUCAGGUGGUGAGGACGGAUAUGUCAGAUUGCACCAUUUCGACAAGGGAUACUUUGAUUUCAUGUAUGAAGUUGAAAGAACAAGGGCGCAGCAUUGA